AUGCAGCCAAACCAGGGAGAAGUGGAUGCUUGGGGAAACCCAGUUGAUGCUUAUGGACAGCCAGUUGCCCCCGCUCAGCCACAGGUAGAUGCAUUCGGCCAACCCCUCGCCCAGCAAGCUCCCGCUCAGCCUCAAGUCGACGCCUAUGGCCAGCCGGUAGCUGCGGCUCCUGCUGCCCCAGCGCCAGUGAUCAUCAACAUCCAGCAAAACUGGGCUCCAGCUCCCCAAGGCGUUCCAAGCUCCGUUCCUCAGGGACUCGAGUACCUCUACUUCGUCGACAGCCUUUAUGUCAAACAGCAAAUGGAGUUGUUCGAAGCUUUCACUGCUUUUGAAACAUCAAACAGAUACAAGGUUUUGAACAGCAAUGGCCAACAAGUCUACUUUGCUGGAGAACAGAGUGGAUGCGUCGCGAAAUGUUGCUGCGGACCAAAUCGAGAUUUUUAA